UUCACGUCAGCCCACAACGGGUGACGCGUGACGCGUGACGUUGCAGUUGCAUUUUUGCAGCAUGUGUUUGUGGCUACUCAGCCUGCUGGCCACAUUCGUGGCCGUCGAGGGCGGUGACACAUGUCAACAGGGCUUCCUGUACAAGGAACGAGGUAUUCCCACCAUGACCAAUUUGCCCAAUUCAGAGGUAUGCCAACAGGCGUGCAGCAAAAACAAGUACUGCUCGCAUUUCAGCUAUGAUUUGGGAGAUUGUUGGUUCCUGAAAGCCGCUUCGGGACUUAAAGAGAAGGCUACAGCAAUCUCAGGCGACAAGUAUUGUGCAAGUUCCAAGGACUUCAUGUUGGACACAGAGACGCCAGAGGAAAAGGUCCGGCGCAUUCAUGAGAUGAUCGCGAACCUAGCCCACUAUGUGGAGGAAAACAGUCAAGAUGUGAACGCCGUUAAAAAUGCCGGACAUGUGAAGUGGAGUUCCCAAAAUGGUUUUCUGAAGGAGGAAGGACAUGACAACCUUGCUAAAAUGUUGAACAGCGCUUCCAUGAUCUUUGCAAACGCUGGAGGCGUCUCCGCUUACGCAGGAGAGAUCCCAACACGUGAGGACCUGGAUUGGCUUUUGACGCAUACUACUGGGCAGGAGGCAGUGACCGAAGAGAUUCCUCCUGAGGAACGACUGCCAGUAGGUGGUGACACGCCCUGCAACAACCUGCGUGGUUGUGGCGCAGCCCAAGGGAAGAGCUUCGGGGUUGGGGCCCCCUGGACAAACGCCGAGGUAAAGUAUUGCCUUGACCCGCAACUCCAUCUAAGGGCCAAAGAAGCUGCACUGUGUGGCAUUCGAAUGAUCAGCAAUGCACUGCCAGGCAUUCGAUUCACCAAUGUGGGUAGCAGUGGAAGUAGCUGCAGCAGCAACCCUGCGGUUUUCGUUACAUCCAGCCAGUCCGGGUGUUGGGCCAACAUCGGCAUGGCCCGGAGCAACUUCUUCGGCUUCGGUGGGGGGCAGAAACUGAAUCUCAUUACGCCCGGUUGUGAUGAUUGUGGCACUGCCACUCACGAGUGGCUCCAUGCUAUGGGGAUGGCCCAUGAACAAAGCCGACCUGAUCGUGAUCAGUAUAUUGUGAUUAGCUGGCAGAACAUCAAGAGCGGCAUGGACAGCCAAUUCGCGAUUGACCGCUCAGCAGAUGUACACCGACCCUAUGAUAUUCGGUCCAUCAUGCACUACGGUUCGACGGCUUUCACAAAUAAUGGCCGGCCCACCAUUUCUGUCAAAGCGCAAGGUUAUGCACUCUACACCACCAAUCCCAGCGAGUAUCGGCGAUAUCGACCGGGUCAGAGAAUGGCCAUGAGCGAGCAAGAUAUCGAGCAACUCGCAGAUUUGUAUGACUGUGUGACACCAAACAACUGCAUGUCACAGAUUGGCCCCAGCGGUCCUGACGCGAGGGCAGUUACUGUCAACCCGGGGCCGGGGGGCAACAUGAAUGGCGGCGGCGUCCAAGUGAUCACCCCAUUCAACAUGAAUCUCUCCUCCGAUCAAAUUUCCUUCUUUGUGAUGUUCCUGGUGGGUGGAACAGUGAUCUGCUGUGCGCUGUCCUGUGUUAUGUCUGGGAUGGGGAUGGGGACCAAGACUCAGCCGUACAGAUAUGUUCGGUGACGGAUGGGCGGAACGCCCAUCCUUCUGCGGACCGGCUUGGCGAUAAAAAUUGGCACCCCGAAAC